AUGAAUCGCAAGCUAACGAAUUAUUUUGGCAAACCUGAGCGUAGGGCCAUAAACUCUCGUAAGGAAUCUGAAGCUUGCGCUAUAGAACUGGAACCGUCACAGGCCUGUGCAUCUAGAGACUACAAUUUCGACAACACAAAACAAUUGUUCACAGACCAGUUCCACAAACAAAUAAGAGUUAUACUGUGUAAACUGUAUCUUGACAGUCCUGAAUUGGUAAAAGUCAGGAAGCAAAACCAAACAAUUAAGAAUGAAUGGAUGAGUGAGUACAACUGGCUUUCAUACAGUAAAAUGUUACGUGGUGGAUUUUGUACUGCAUGUGUUCUGUUUUCUCCUUCAGGUGCCGAAAUCGGUUCCCAGGCGUUGAAAACACUGGUAAAAGAACCAUUGGUCAAAUACAAGAAGGAUAUGGAAGAUCUUCGUCAUCAUGAAAACGCAAAAUAUCACAAAUUUUCCAUGGAGAAGGCUAUAGAAUUCACCAAGUCUAUGGAAUCAAGUAAAAAAAGUAUUGCCGUUGUUCUUGAUAUCAAGAAAUCUUCACUAAAAGAUGAAAAAACUGAUUAUCUUCUAGAGGUAAAACAUGCAGUAUUUCAGAGUUUUUUGGCUUUUCGUAUGGAUGCUGGAGAUGAAGAUUUAAAACAUCAUUUCAGUACAUGUGGCCGAAACAGUUCUAUGAUAAGUAACACAGUCCAAAACGAAGUCAUACAUUGCAUUCGUGACACUAUUUGCUCCUCAAUGUCGAGGGAUGUGAAAAAGGGUAAAUUUUUUAGCAUUAUAUGUGAUGAAACAACUGACGUCACCACUAAGGAACAGAUGACAUUUUGUGUUAGGUACAUUGACAUAGAGACCUUUGUUACCAUAGAAGCCAUGAAUGAAGAACUCAAGACACUGGGCCUGAGCUAUCAGUAUCUUUGUGGACAGGGCUAUGAUGGCGGCUCAAAAAUGGCUGGGAGAUUUAAAGGAGUUCAAGCUCUUAUUUUAAGUAAACAACCAAAAUGUUCCCUAGAGGAAGUUAUAUCACGACUACCGUUGACAAACCCAAAGAAAACAAAGUUGAAGGCAAUGUGUCCAACAAGAUGGGUGGAAAGACACGAUACCCUUAUUACUUUCCAGGAGCUAUUUGUCCCAGUCGUGACCUUGCUUGACGAACUUUCAAGUAGUCGUGAAACCAACGCAGAAAUGGCUAGUAAAGCUUGUAUGUUUAUUUCUGCUGUCCGAAGAGGAGACUUCAUAGUCGUGUUAGCAACUGCAGCAUAUUACUUCUCUUUAACUCUCAGACUAAGCGAACAACUCCAAAGGCCUAAAAUGGAUUUAACAACUGCCUUAAAUCAUGUCAAUGAUGUGCUUGAGGUGUUCAACUAUAUAAGGACGGAUUCGAAAAUAGUAUUCGGAAGUAUUUUUGAAGACUCUGUCAAACUGGCAGAAGAAAUUGGUAGUGUAAUAGCAAUGCCAAGAACUAUUUCAACACAAACCAAAAGAGACAACGUUUCUGCUUCAAACGCCGAGGAAUACUUCAGGCGAACAGUAUUUUUACCUGUUGUGAAUCGUUUUAUUGCCGAGCUAGAAACAAGAUUUUCGCACCCUAUUACCACUUCAAGGAGCGAACUGAAACUAUGGAAGAAAAAGUGGGUUGAUGAAAGUAAAAGACCUGAAAUAGUAAGUGAAGCAUUAAACAACUGUGACGAGCAGUUUUUCCCAAAUGUAUAUGUUUUAUUCCAAAUAUCUGGGACUACUCCUGCCACCACAAGCACUCCUGAACGAAGCUUCUCUACUUUGAGACGAAUAAAGACUUAUUUGCAAAGAGAUAUGGACAUUGAAAAUCUCAUUGACAUAUUCAGUAAAAAGAAACAGAGGCGAAUGAGCAUGACAAAUUGGGCAGAAGACGGAAAUAUACAGUGA